CGCUCAUUGGCCCUGAUCACUUCCCUGCCAGGCUCCUAGGAUCCUUGAAAACAGCCAUUCCACUACAGCUGGAUCUCUUUCUCUUAUUUUCCUCUGCCUUUGCCUACAGGGCUCCUGUCCACUAAUGCAUCACCAUUCGGGUGUCAACCUAAGCCAGCCUGCUAAGUUACGGACGGUACUUUGCCCCCCCCAAAAACGAGCCAUCCCGCCUAAUCGAUCACGACGGGACAUCUCCAUCCACCCAUCCCAUCCCAUUCCCUUUUACCACCAUCACCGCCUGCUCGAAUCGACGGCACGAAUCGACUUUAAUUCACUCGAUCUUAUUUUACAUGUUUUCAUCAAGAUACGAUCUGUGUUAUCAAUUUCGACAUCAUGUCUGAAGCGGAGCAGUGCAUUAUAUGCCUGGAUCCUCUGCCACGUCCCGCGGCUGCCCUCCAAGCUCCAGCUGCCCUCACUGUAGCUGCGAGUGAUGCUGCUGGUGGUGUUUCUGGCGGCGAGCCCGCAUCCGCACCCGAGUCCGCGCCUGUUCCUACCACAACCUCCACAGCCUCAGAUGUUCUUGAGAACGACUCCAAUUAUCUGAACAUAGUUGCAUCACUUGACGGGUGUAAUCACAUUAUUCAUGAUGCAUGUAUUCGUUCCUGGGCGCAAAAGACAAACACAUGUCCCAUUUGUCGUAAUCCCUUCCAUUCAGUUCGAGUGUACAACGGGGUCGAUGGUACCGCCAUUUCGAAAUACGAUGUCCAGGAUAAAAAACAGGUUGCUGAAUUCGAUGUAAGACAGUGGCUUGGCGAAAACCCCGAAGACGAAGAGGAGGAAGAGCAAGGCAACCCAUGUCCCAUUUGCAACUCUUCAGAGAGGGAGGAUGUUCUUCUCCUAUGCGACAGCUGCGAUGCAGCCUACCAUACGCAUUGUAUUGGUCUUGAGGCCAUUCCAGACGGUGAUUGGUAUUGUAUGGAGUGCUCUCACCUUUUUCAGCUGGUGGAAGAGCCAAGGACCACUGAAUCUGGCGAACAAUCUCCUCGUCCAUCAUACGUGCGACGUCCGAACCCCCGAAACGUUCGUGGUUACCAUGUACGAACUCGAGCACGAUUAAGGCGAGCCCGUCGGCAAGCUAGAAAUGUUGAGUGGCAAGGCGCCUGGGGUCAGUUUUCUGGGCGGUUCUACGAGAUGAGCGACUUGGAUUUGGACAACCACGAUGAUGAAGAUGAGGAAUUAGAGCAAUACAGGAGAUUCCAGGAACUUGGGCGACGCGAACUCGAACGCUGGCAGCAAAGAAUGGAUAUUGCCCGCCGCCUGGGCGCUCGUGACGUAUUUAUAAACAACAUACCUUCUGCUAUCAGCGAACGGCUUCAGUCAGCACCAGAGCCAGUACAAGAAACGGCCGACGAAAGACGAGCUUGGGGCGCUUUGGAACGUGCUCGUGAAACGGAUGAACCCAGCACCACUUCUCGCAAGCGCAAAGCACGGUCUGUGACUGCUUCUCCACGCGAACCCGUUCAAGAACCCGAAAGGAAACUUAAGCGCCCUCGAACACGUCGCUUGCCCACCCAGAAUGGUGAAGGUUCAAGCUCUGUAUCUUCUCCAGCGCCGGCUGGACCCUCAUCAACACGACCUGUUCCCAAUGGAUCGUCAUCCAGAAAUGGUAAUGUCGACCAUAGCAGUAUCGAUCCUCCCUUGGUUUCCUCACUACUGAAAGAACUCGAGCCUAGUAUCAUGUCUGAGGACGAGACAAUGACUACCAAUGGAUGGCGGCAUGCACCAGAGGCUUCAUCCCCAGCCCUCUCACCGGCGAUAUCUCCGUCCCCAUCAAAUUACAGUAGCCCACGGGCUCUUUCACUUACCCCUCCUCCUAUGCCAAACUUUAACGGCCGACCAACUUCACCAACGCUCUCGCUCAGCAGUACUAUUCAACCUCGUUACGCCCCCGCGAAUUAUUCACCGACUCGUUCAAAUCGUGACCACAGCGACUCAGAGACACGUCCAACAAGACCCCAUUCAAACUAUUCCCCGACUCAUACAAGCAAUGAACAGUCCGAUUCAGAGACACGCUUGGUGAAGGUCCCAGAGAGCCGACCGUUAGAACUACGACAACCACGCCCACGCCGUCCAUCUGAGGUACCAGCUCAAAAAGAGGACCAACCGUCAGCAGACUCCAAUAUCACCCAGGAAGAUAAGAUCAGCAUAAAUGAGAUCGUCAAGGGCGCAUUACGACCACACUGGCGGUCUAGAAAACUAACGACGGAACAAUACUCAGUUAUUAACAGAGAUAUUUCAAGAAAGCUUUAUGACGAGGUGAAAGGCGCGGCGUCAUUGAGCGAUGAAGCCCGACGGCAAUGGGAAAACAGAGCAACUAAGGAGGUUGCUCAAGCAGUUGCAGAAUUGUCUGCUUAGCUUAAUGAUAAAAUGAAUCAAGGCGGGAACCAAGAGUUAAGCAGGCGUUCAGGCAUCAUCAAGGAGAUCCAUGUGGUUUGAUACCCAGCAUCUUUCGAAAGGCGGGCAUGAUUCAUUGCAUUUUGAUAGCGUGGUGUCACAACGGAGUUGAGAUCGGGUAUCAACGCGAGUUCGAUAUGUGUACAGAUAUUAUUCAAGGUAGUUUGGGUCAUGUUUGCAUAUGCCUCUUUUGUCACUAGGUAGUCUCAUGUUCCAAUACGACCUUCUCAUUGGCGUAUGCCACUUGUUUUUUUGUCAGUGUCAUCAACAUUGUUCACCUUUAGCUGACAGCGUGAUCGGCUUGGAUACAAAGCCUACCACAUGUGCGGCCUUUGUUUCUAACGG